CUUGAUUUGGAUAUCCGUGUCUGUCUGGAUAUUAUGUUUGCAGGCCGGCGCAAGUGAUUAAGAGGCGUGAAUAAGCUUACGUCGCUUUGGAGCGCGUUGAUUGAGUUGAGUCUGUCAUGUGCAAGAUAUGAUAGUAGUUAUGGUGUGUGUAUGGUCUGGUAAAUUUUUGGGAAGGAGGGGGGUGCAUCACGCAUGAGGUGCUAAGAUGGCUGGGAUAUUCGGAAUUUGCAAUCAAUCUGCAAGGAAAACCGAGAAAGGUAGCUGAUAGCAGAUAGCUGCUGGGAGCUAUAGGCAGCUAUAGAUAAACGGAAUAUAAAUACUUGACUUGCUCCGCUUCAACCUUCUUCUUUCUUCUUCCUUAUUCAACACCAGACAGAUAUAUAUCAGUCUUUACUCCGGCUUCGACCUUUCUUCUUCUCUAUCCAUCACCAAUAUCCACCAGGCCUACAACCCGAUUCCUUCUUCUCUAUUCAUCACCAGCCACCAGUAUCCUCGAGGUUCGAGCCACAACCUCACAAACAUGGCACUCGUCCACCCAACCCUACCUCCCUCCACAACCUCACCCUCAGAACCCUACGACCUCCCCCCUUCCUUCCCCUCCUCCAUCUCCUCACCUCUAGCCUGGACCGGCGCAGACCUCGCAGACGAGAGUUACAUAUACCACCUCACCCCCGCCUACCUCUCCGAGAUCAAAUAUGCAUUAGCAGUAUUCAAAUCACAUAACCUAAACGGCGACCUUGCCACCCCCGCGACCUUCCCUCUCCCAACCCUCGGCCCAAAACUCCGCCUCCUCUCAAACGAACUAUACGGCGGGAGGGGUGUAUGCCUUAUCCGCGGCUUGACGCCCGAGAUGUAUGAGCCGGAGGAGGAGAUGGUGGUGUUUAUGGGGGUGCAGAGUUAUAUGGCGAGGGGGAAGGGGAGGCAGGAUGGGAGGGGGAAUAUGAUUGUUCAUAUUACGCCGUCGGAAUAUGACGCAAAGCAUUCGAGGCAUUCGAUGGAUAGUUUGCCCUUCCACACCGAAGCCACCGGCGACAUCCUAGCCUGGCAAACCCGCGCCGCCGCCGCCGAAGGCGGGAAAUUCAUCGUCGCAUCCGCAUACACAGCCUACAACCUUCUCGCUGCCACCUGUCCCGAGGUUAUCCACACGCUAGCUAAGCCAGAUUGGCCGUUCGCAUACCCAACCCUCCACCACCGCCGCAUCCUCUACUACCACGCCUCAAACCUCCUCAUCAACUUCUCCCCCUCCGCCCUCCUCUCCACCCCCUCCCACCCCCGCGCCCCCCACCUCCCCUCCCUCACCCCCUCCCAACUCUCCGCCCUCAACGCCCUCCAAGCCGUCGCCCGGGCUACCGAAUUACACAUCACUACCAAGGCGGGGGAUUUGCAUUUUGUGAAUAACCUUGCGAUUAUGCAUCGGCGGUCUGCGUUUUCUGCUUCUACCACCAAGGCAGUGGGUGAAGUGGAUGGGGGGAUGGAAGGAGGAGAAAUAGAGCCAAAACGGCAUCUGGUCCGCAUGCGCCUCCGCUGCCCGGAGAAGGGGUGGGAAAUACCAAGGGAGCUGGCGCCGGCGUGGGAGGAGGCGUUUGGGGAGGAGGGGGAGAGGGAGUGGCAUCUUUUUCCGAUGCCGGAGGGGUAUUUUCCGUUGAGGAAGUAUCCAGAGUGAGUUGCGGCACUUCUUGCUCCCUCAUCGGGGUUUUGUGGAGUGCGAGUGGGAUUGGGUUGGGGUUUUUCUAGGCUUCAAUUCUUGGGUGGUUAGGGGUGUGACGUUUGAGGCUGGAUACGGUACCUCACGGCUGUAACCCCCUUUUUCUAUUUCUCGGUGGCCUUGAAGGCAGGGGUUUCUUGGGUGUUUCUCAUUUUUGCGAGGACUUUGAUACCAUUUUCGGCGUGAAUACCCCUUUAUUUAUUUUCCUGGUUUCGGUUGGGGUACCUUCAACGAGCUGUGCGCAGUUCGCAUCUCGGGGUAACAGGGGAAGACUGUAGUGGUUGUACGAUGAACGAGGCAGCGCCUCGGAAAACGCCUUGUGAUGAUAUUUUCCCCGAGGGGCGGAGUGAAAAAGGGCGAGAUUGUCUGAAGUACAAGGCUUUCGGGUGGCGAAUAUUGAUCGGUUGCCUUGGGAUCGGUGUGCACAGCGAUGGAUUUUUCAUAGCAAGGAUUUUUUUAAUGAUAAUUGAAUCAUGACCGAUGAGAUUCAGCAGAGUUUUGGCAUCUUGGCUUGAUGAACAGGGUAAAAAUUGACGACCACACUCAAUAAUAUUGAAAACACCUCUUAUGGACUUCUAAAUCCAGGUAUCUACCAAAAAUGCAAGAAUGAGAGAUAAAAUCCAAACAAAUGCUUUAACCCCCCCCCGUAUGUAUUUCCUGUAAAUGACGCCCUCCACAAAUAAUUGAUAUCCCAUAUGC